AUGAUUGUAACUGGAGCAGAGGCUGCAUCCUUGGUAUCAGCAAUUAGAAAUGAAAUUAUUGAUGAAAUAGAAUUAGCUUUCACAAAUGAAAUUGAUAUUAAACAUCGUGGAAACUACUGGUCUGUCUUGAAUUGCGCCGCAUAUUAUGGUAAAGUUUCUAUUGUCACCUUAUUACUAAAAAAUGGGAAAUUAAUAAAAAAGACAGACUUGGACGCUUCCUUACAUAUAGCUGCAGAGAAUGGUCACACUACUGUUGUAGAAUUAUUAUUAAAACAUGGGGCAAAUAUUGAUUCUAUGAAUGCAAGAUAUCACACUCCAUUAUUUUUAGCUGUUGACUAUUGCAACACAGAUGUAGUGAGUUUAUUAAUAAGAAUGGGAGCAGAUACUUCAGUAACAAAUGAUUUUCAAGAUACUCUUUUACACCGUGCUGUAAGAAAGAAUUCCAAAGAAAUAACUUUACUAUUAUUAAAUAAUGGAGCUAAUAAAGAAAUGAGAAACAAAGAUGGAAUGACACCAUUACUAAUUGCAGUUAAAUAUAACUAUGAAGAUAUUGUUAAUAUUUUAAUAGAAGCCGUAGCAAAUCUAAAUGCAUGUGAUAAUUUUGACAAUACUUCUCUUCAUAUGGCUUGUGAAGAAGGCUUCCUGAGUAUUGUGAAACUGUUAUUAGAUGCAGGAGCAGAUAUCAAUUUGCAAAAUGCAACAGGCUGGAGUCCUUUGUUGUAUGCUACUUAUUAUAAUCGUGAAUGUGUUGUGAAAUUAUUAUUAGAUCGAGGGGCAGACAUCACCAUCACUGAUAACUCAAGAAACACAGUAUUGCAUAUUUGUGUUAAAAAUCGCUGUAAGUUUCUUAUAGCAUUAUUACUUCAAAGUGGAGCUGAUGUGAAUAGUAGAAAUAUAAAUGGAUCUGAUAUUUUCGAUUUAACAAAAACUGAUUUAUCUAAAAUUAAGUUUUUAAUCAGACUUAUCUUGUACUUAAACAUCAACACACCUAUACCCGAACGUCACAAUAGAGGGUACUUUUUGAAAUUCUGGGAUGCAUGCAAAUCAGAAUUAGAACAAAUGGAGAAGUGUAAAAUAGCUGAGAGCAAUCUAUCCUACAGGCAAUUAUUGCUUGAAAGAAAUAAAACUAAAUUAAUAGGUUAUCUCCACAAUGCAAACAUAGUUAGUGAACUAGACACACUAGAUUAUAAGAAGAAAUUUCCUAUCUAUGAACGGUACUUUACUGAAAAGAUAAAUAAAGGAAAGUUCAUGCUACGUUUGUAUUACAAAGCUGAUGAAGUUGUGAAGCACAUCAUUCCGGAUAUGCCGAUAGAAGUUUGGAGAAUAAUAUAUAAUUAUUUAUCAUAUGAUGAUUUAGCAAAAUUAAUUGGUUGGAAUGAUAAAAAGUUGUCCAGAGAAUAUUUUGCUAGUUUCGGCUUUUAUGAAUAUCAAUGUUAUGAUUCUGCCACUCCUGUUCUAAUAAUGAUUGUAACUGGAGCAAAGGCAAGAUCCUUGUUGAGAGCAAUUCAAAAUGGAAUCAUUGAUAAAAUAAAAUCGGCUUACGAAAAAGAAAUUAAUAUUAAAUGUUAUGGAAGUUGCAGGUCUGUCCUGAAUUGGGCUACGUAUUUUGGUAAAGUUUCUAUUGUUCGCAAAUUACUAAAAAAUAAGAAAUUGAUAAAAAAGACAGACUUGGACACUUCCUUACAUAUAGCUGCAUUGGAACGUUAUACUACUCUUGUAAAAUUGUUGUUGAAACAUGGAGCAAAUAUUGAAUUUGAGAAUGAUAAUGGAGAAACGCCAUUACUACUUGCAAUUAAAUCUAACAAAGGAUAUAAUGACAGUGUUGACAGUCUUGUCAAUAUUUUAAUAGAAAAUAAAGCAAAUGUAAAUGCGAGGGAUAAUGAUCUAAAUACUUCUCUUCAUAUGGCUUGCGAAAUGGGGUUAUAUAGUAUUGCCGAACUGUUAUUAGAUGCAGGAGCAGAUAUUAAUUUGCAAAACGGAACCUGCUGGACUCCUUUGUUUUGUGCUACUUAUUAUAAUCGUGAGUGUGUUGUGAAAUUAUUAUUACAUCGAGGGGCAGACGUCACCAUCACUGAUGAGUCAAGAAACACAGCAUUGCAUAUUUGUGUUAAAUGUGGCGAAGUGGCUGUUAUAGAAUUAUUACUUCAAAAUGGAGCUGAUGUGAAUAGUAGAAAUGAAGAUGGAUAUGAUAUUUUCGAUUUAGUAAAUAUUAUUUUUGAAAAAAAUAUAGCUGAUGCUAAACCGUUAAUCAGAUCUAUAAUGUAUUCAAAUAUCAACAUAACUAUACCCGAGCGUCACAACAGUGGGGACUUCUCGAGAUUCUGGGAUGCAUGCAAAUCAGAAUUAGAACUAAUGAAGGCUUGUAAAAUAGCCGACAGCAAUAUAUCCUACAGGCAAUUAUUGCUUCAAAGAAAUAAAAGUAAAUUAGCAACUUUUCUCAGCAAUGCGGACAUAACUAGUGAACUAAGCACACUAGACUAUAAGAAGAAAUUUCCCAUAUACGAAAAUUACAUUACUGAAAACAUAAAUAAAGGAGAGUUUAGACUACGUUUGUAUAACGAAGUUGAUAAAAUUAUGAUUACUAUCAGUCCCUUUUUGCCAAUAGUAGUCCGGAGAAAAAUAUACAAUUAUGUAUCAAACAUUGAUUUAGCUGAAUUUAGCUGGGUAUGGCAGAGUUUACAGAGAAUUACGUCUGUCCUGAAUUGGGCUACGCAUUUUGGUAAAGAUUAUAUUGUUCGCAAAUUACUAAAAAAUAAGAAAUUGAUAAAAAACACAGACUUGGACACUUCCUUACAUAUAGCUGCAUUGGAAGGUUAUACUACUCUUGUAAAAUUGUUGAUAAAACAUGGAGCAGAUAUUGAAUUUGAGAAUGAUGAUGGAGAAACACCAUUACUACUUGCAAUUAAAUCUAACGAAGGAUAUAAUCUUAAAGAUGUUGACAGUCUUGUCAAUAUUUUAAUAGAAAAUGAAGCAGAUGUAAAUGCGAGUGAUAAUGGUCUAAAUACUUCUCUUCAUAUGGCUUGUCAAAUGGGCUUGUGCAGUAUUGUGGAACUGUUAUUAGAUGCAGGAGCAGAUAUUAAUUUGCAAAAUGGAACCGGCUGGACUCCUUUGUUUUGUGCUGCUUAUUAUAACCGGCUGUGUAUUGUGAAAUUAUUAUUACAUCGAGGGGCAGAUGUCACCAUCACUGAUGAUGAGUCAGGAGACACAGCUUUGCAUAUGUGUGUUAAAUGUGACAAAGUGGCUGUUACAGAAUUGUUACUUCAAAAUGGAGCUGAUGUGACCAGUAGAAAUGAAGAUGGAUAUGAUAUUUUCGAUUUAGUAAAUAAUGUUUUUGAGACAAAUAUAACUAAUGGUAAAAAGUUAGUCCGAUCUAUAUUGUAUUCAAACAUCAACACACCUAUACCCGAGCGUCACAACAGUGGGAACUUUUCGAGAUUCUGGGAUGCAUGCAAAUCAGAAUUAGAACUAAUGAAGGCUUGUAAAAUAGCUGAGAGCAAUAUAUCCUAUAAUCAAUUAUUGCUUGAAAGAAAUAACAGUAAAUUAGCAGCUUUUCUCAGCAAUGCGGACAUAGUUAGUGAACUAAGCACACUAGAUUAUAAGAAGAAAUUUCCCAUAUACGAAGAUUACAUUGCGAAAAACAUUAGUAAAGGAGAGCGUAGACUACAUGUGUAUUACGAAGCUGAUCAAAUUAUGAAUAAUUUCAGUCCGUUUUUGCCGAUAAUGAUAAUGAUUGUAACUGGAGCAAAGGCAAGAUACUUGUUGAGAGCAAUUCAAAAUGGAAUCAUUGAUAAAAUAAAAUUAGCUUACGAAAAAGAAAUUAAUAUUGAAUGUUAUGGAAGUUGCAGGUCUGUCCUGAAUUGGACUACGUAUUUUGGUAAAGUUUCUAUUGUUCGCAAAUUACUAAAAAAUAAGAAAUUGAUAAAAAAGACAGACUUGGACACUUCCUUACAUAUAGCUGCAUUGGAAGGUUAUACUACUCUUGUAAAAUUGUUAUUAAAACAUGGAGCCAAUAUUGAAUUUGAGAAUGAUGAUGGAGAAACGCCAUUACUACUUGCAAUUAAAUCUAACGAUGGAUAUAAUCUUAAAGAUGUUGACAGUAUUGUCAAUAUUUUAAUAGAAAAUGAAGCAGAUGUAAAUGCGAGAGAUAAUGGUCUAAAUACUUCCCUUCAUAUGGCUUGUGAAAUGGGCUUGUGUAGUAUUGCGGAACUAUUAUUAGAUGCAGGAGCAGAUAUUAAUUUGCAAAAUGGAACCGGCUGGACUCCUUUGUUUUGUGCUGCUUAUUAUGAUCGGGUAUUAUUGUGAAAUUAUUAUUAGGUCGAGGGGCAGAUGUCACCAUCACUGAUGAGUCAAGAGACACAGCAUUGCAUAUGUGUGUUAACAGUGGCAAAGUGGCUGUUAUAGAAUUAUUACUUCAAAAUGGAGCUGAUGUGAAUAGUAGAAAUGAAGAUGGAUAUGAUAUUUUCGAUUUAGUAAAUAUUAUUUUUAAAAAUAAUAUAUCUGAUGCUAAAAAUUUAAUCAGAUCUAUGUUGUAUUCAAAUAUCAACACACCUAUACCCGAGCGUCACAACAGUGAGGACUUUUCGAGAUUCUGGGACGCAUGCAAAUCAGAAUUAGAACUAAUGAAGGCUUGUAAAAUAGCUGAGAGCAAUAUAUCCUACAGGCAAUUAUUGCUUGAAAGAAAUAGAAGUAAAUUAGCAGCUUUUCUCAGCAAUACGGACAUAGUUAGUGAACUAAGCACAUUAGACUAUAAGAAGAAAUUUCCCAUAUACGAAGAUUACAUUGCUAAAAACAUAAGUAACGGAGAGUUUAGACUACGUUUGUAUAAUGAAGCUGAUGCAAUUAUGAAUACUAUCAGUCCCUUUUUGCCAAUAGUAGUCCGGAGAAUAAUAUACAAUUAUUUAUCAAACAUUGAAUUAGCUGCAUUUAGCUGGGUAUGGCAGAGUUUACAGAGAAUUACAUAAUGAACCUACUCUCCUAUUGCAUAUCUGAUUUAAAUAUUAUGUUUAUAUAGGAUUAAGCCACAAUAAUUAUUGAUUGAAAUAAAAAUUACAUUAACUAAUUCUGCGAAAAUGUAUAACUUAUUAGGUUACAUCUUUCCAAAAUUGAUAUAGUUGGCCUCGAUCUUGUAGACUACAGCAUGCAUAUGGUUGAAAAAAUCUGAGGGUAGUGUUUUUACCCUAUGACUAUCAAAUUAUGACUAUUUUGUGUAAUAUCUGUGUAUUGUGUGUUGCAUAUGUAUUGUGUAUAAGAUUGUAUGUGCUAUUUUUCAGACUUCCUAUUACUCCGCUAUUGUUGGUGUUUUUGUUAUUGACUUCUACUUUUAGUAUUAGCAAUCAAAGUUUGCUAUAUUACGCAGAUAUUAGGUUUGCUACACAUUUUUCUGCGUUAAGUACAUAGGAUGAGGGCUUCUUUCCUUCUUUGACUUUUCUUUUUAAUAAUUAUUGAUGUAUCUUUCCAUUGUACUUUGUGCUCGUUGUCUCAGGCAUGUUUGCAUAUCUAAGAUUUCUUUAAGUCAUUUUUCUUUAUGUAUGUUUCAUACUCGUUUAUCCUGACACUUUGAGUCUUGCGGUUUUUCCCACAUAGAAAUUGUGGAGUUUUGACUAAAAAUGACUACCGAUUGUCAUUUAUAAACAAGGAAUUCCACAAGCUUGAAGACAGGAAACAACAAAAUAACACAAGCCAUCCAGAAACAUCCGCAAGAAGGGACUCAAAGAUGACAACAAUACUAUAUUUAUGUAAAAGGCUUAUCAGAAAAAUUGAAAAGUAUAGGAAACAAUUACAACAUCUAGGCCAUCCUGUCCAAAACCAAACUCAAUAACAAACAAGAAAGUUAAAAAACUGCAUCUAAAAAAUACCCUGUGAAUGCAACAAUAGCUAUGUGAGAGAAACAGCAAGACAAUGAAAAGAUGCAUCAAUAAUCGUGAAAGAAACAUUAGUGAAGAAGAGAAAAGUCAAAGAAGCUUUCAACGAAGAAAAUUGUGUAGCAAACCGUAAACCUAUUAGCAGAAUCUAGCAAGCUUUGAUUGUCGAUAUUAAAAGAAGAAGUCAAUAACAAUAAUAUACCAACAAUAGGUACAUAUGCAAUACACAAACACAAAUCUACGUUACACAACUACGAUACAGAUUACACAAACAUAUAACAAAUCAAUCAAAAUUUGAUAUUCCUAGGGUGAAAGCACCACCCUCAGAUUUUUUUCAACCAUAUGCAUGCUGUUGUGUACAAGAUCGAGGCCAAGUAUAUCAGUAUUUCAACAUUUUUUUUAAAAUAAUCUUUUUUGGGAGCUACUUCCGAAGCAGAAAUAGAAAUAUUAGUUAGUUUAAAAUGUAAUUUUAUUACAAUCAAUAAUUACGAAUUUAUUUUUGUACUUUUUAUAUACCGUGUAACCGCAUUGAACAUUAUGUUAAA